AUGCCACAGCCCAGUGACCGCAAGAGUAUGGCGGACCGAAGCUGGGACGUUAGACAGAGCUUGCUCGAUCUGCUUGACAAGACAAGGACCACGGAAGCACCCAUGGGACCGCAGGAAGUGGAAGACGUCCUAGACAUGUUCAAGCUAUGGACUGGUAACCUCGGAGCUCUUCAUCAAGCACACAAACGGAUUUCUCUGGAAUCGAGGCUGGCAGAUAGCCCCGAGGUGCAAGGCCAAAUCUGUGAACAACUCGACGAUAUGCAAGAGGCCAUACAAGACCUACUGGCGCUUUGCUCUGAUGCACGCGUGGACCUUGGGUCCAAGACUGAAGAUGCACAAGAGAACCCUGCAGGCAUCGACCUACUGGCGGAUGACCUUGUACCAGACACAGAGUACACAUCCAGCAGAACAGAGGCCAUCUCAAUCUUGAGCAUGGCGUCUGAGUGCCUCAAGGCUCUGUUUCGGAUCGGAAUUCUGGUGAGAAAAGCGACACCCCGAGACCGGUUUGAACGAGCGCUUCAGCAGUCUGGGUCUUCAUUCACGCCACAAUUUGACAUCAAUUAUGUCGAAGAAAGGUAUCCAAAAUUAGCUUCCAGGGACUCACGUUGGUUAGCAUCUAGGCUGGGCGGUGCAAAUGCGAAACGAAGGCAAUUUAUCAAUUACGUUCGAGAUCACAAGGCAAAGCUUGAGGUCGAAAAUAUCAUGCCUACAGCGGACGCAGCAACAACAGUACAAUCGAGCAAAGCCACGACUUUCGUUGUCCCAGGGAAUCUUUCCGCAUCGGAGUUUCUUGACUCGUCUCUCGAGGAAGAGGAUGAUUCCGUUUCAUUGAUAUCAGCAUCAACAGCAUUCGACAACGAUACCAGUCUAAGACUGCCCAGUCUAGCAGACUUGGGUCCAGACGGGAAGCACUUUGAAUGUCCGAUCUGCUUCACCUUGCAGUCUUUCCACAAGGAGAAGUCAUGGAAAAUUCAUGCCUACCGCGAUCUCAAAGCAUACGUUUGCACGACAGGCCGAGAAGAAUGUGAGACCAACAUGUUUGGUGAUCGCGACUCCUGGUUCAGCCAUGAGUUGGAACAUCACCAUUCGCUGUACAUGUGCAAACUCUGCGGGUCCCAGUACACGGACAAGAAAGUCCUACAGCAACAUCUCUUCGAUAAACAUGGGCCUUACUCCAACGAUGAGAUUCUAUCUGUCAUUGAGCAUGGGAAGCUAGUUCCGUCUCAAUUGAAGGCACAAGACUGCCCGUUCUGUGACGACUGGGCAUCUAUUUUGUCACAUCGCAGGCAUCAAACAGAAGGCCGAGCUUCAUCCAGUAUUCAACAGGCUGACAUCCUGGUUUCUCUAACUCAUUUCAAACGGCAUGUGGCCACACAUCAGGAACAGCUCGCUAUCUUUUCUGCGCCAAGGCUUGUCGAUGAUGACGAAGAGCACAGCCACGGAGCUGUUGAGGCAAAUUCGGAGGCUGUCUCGUCCCAAGACGAUAAUACUCGGAUGACUGAUGAAAAGCCUCAAACUAUGGAAGACUCAACUCCUUCCCAGCCCUGCGUCUAUGUGACCGGCCUGCCUCGUGCGGUUAGUGAGGACGACAUUGAGAAUCACUUCCGCCUCGGAGGCUUCAACGGGAUAAGGGAAGUCACAUUAAUAGACGACUUUGCAUUGGUCCAACUCGAGGACCCUGAGGAUGUUCUUUUAGUCAUUGCAUCUAUGCAUGGAUCCACACUGAUGGGUGCGCGCAUAAAUGUACUGCGAGCACGACUUUCGCUUGACCAGAAGACGCAAGUUGUUGAGGAACACUUGCGAAUGGACCCGAGCCACUCCGACACCUGGCCCGUUUACGAUCUCCGAACAACUCUGCAAGCUGUUCAGGAGCAAGCACCAAGGGAUCCAAACAAUCUAGGCUACUCGGGCCAGCAAGGGAAUCAAUACCAGGAUGCAAACGUCACACAUCAGCAGCUUCAGUUGAUGGCGUCUGAUGACAAUGAGGACCAACUGUCUCAAACUGCUAUACAAAUCUCCCCGGUCAAUUCAGCACAUGACAGUGCCUCCAUCCAGCUCGAAGACUCGCAGUCACAACAGCAAGAGCAGCAAGCCCUGGAGGCUCAUGCCGACAAUUUCGAUCGUGGUCGAGCAAUCGGCGAGAUAAGUGCCGCCGACAGCCACUUUAGGACCAGCUUACUCCCCAUAUGCGAGGAAUUCAUAGCCAGCCCGCCUUCGGAUCCUCAGCAGAGGCAGGAUCAGUCCACCCACAUAGUGACGAUGAUCAGGCAUGAGGUUUGGUCAACAGUGAACUUCAUUGAAGCACAUGAUGACGAGGAAGUCAUGGCGAUGAAGACAGAAGUCCUUGAAGCCGUGGACAACAUGCUGGAGCGAAUUCAUGCUCGCGCGAGUAGCAGCUUUGAUGGCGGAUGGCCGCGGAAGUUGGAUGAGCUGGCCCGCCAGCCGCGCCACGGCCCCAAAUACAACCAGCUUCUGCACCUUCUCAACGACAUGCAGAAUCACCAGAGCGCCUGGCCGUUCCUCGUGCCAGUCAACAAGGAUGAAGGUUCCUACUACUACGACGUCAUCAAGGAGCCCAUGGACCUCUCCACGAUGGAGCAAAAGCUCGAAAUGGACCAGUACACUACUCUGGAGGACUUCACUAAGGAUGCUACCCUGAUUUUCAAGAACUGUCGCCAAUACAACAGCGAGAGUACACCGUACACCAAGAGUGCUGAUAAACUCGAGAAGUUCAUGUGGUCCAAGAUUAAGGAGAUUCCUGAAUGA